GUACAUAACCUCAAAAUUAGUGAGAAACGUCUCGUCGCAUCAUAAAUAUACAGGCCCUGUAGUAAAAGAAAAGAAAAAAAAUUAUAUAUUAAAAUGUCGAAAAUGCGAAUCACGAUUAAAUUAACAUUUUUAAAAUUGUUCGCGAUGACUUUACAAUGAAGUCAAUAAGUGAAACAACGAAUGUUGUUAAAUAGAAAAACGGGAAUUGUAUAUGAAAAUUUAAUAUAUCACAGUUUUAAUGUGAGAAAUAAAUAUAGGAAGAAAUCGAAAUCGUUACACAAAAUAAUCAAAUUACGUUGUUGACUGACGUUUAACGGGUUUUUGUUUCUAAAAAAACUCGUUCUUCGUCUUUGUCUUUAUAUGCAAUAUGUGCGAGUCAUUCAACGUAUUCUUUCUCAAGAAAGUCUGAAGUUAUAUACAUAUUAUAUAUUUAUUAUUUUUUGUAUUUACAUAAUAUAAAUUUUCUUUUUUUAAAAAUGUUUUCCAUAUCGAAUCUUUGGAACAGUAUUGAACACAUUAUUGUUGAUUACAUCGAUGUUGACUUCACACUGUGGCUUUCCUGGCUCUUGAUGCCACUUAUUAUUACAUUUUUACUUCCAUUAAUGAUUGUGAUACUUCUGUAUGCUUCUGCAUCGAUACUCUAUGUGUACAAAAUACACAGGGAAAGAUUGAGACAGGCGUAUGAAGCUGAUUGGAAAGACGCGGGCAGUAAAGUUGUCGCUGCACUUUGGGACGCUCACGGUUGGAUAUGGCACGGCUACGAGGUUGUUGGACUCGAAAAUAUUCCCGUGGAUCAACCAAUAUUGUUUGUCUAUUAUCAUGGUGCAAUACCCACUGAUCUUUACUAUUUCCUAUCCAGGGUGCUUCUAUUCCAUUCGAAAUUAAUUCACACUGUUGCCGAUCGUUUUCUCUUCAACGUUCCUGGCUGGUCAGUUAUAUCCGAUGUUCUUAAAGUCAUUCCAGGCACAGUACAAACGUGCUCAUCAAUUCUCAAGGAGGGAAAUAUGCUCGCAAUUUCACCUGGUGGCGUUUACGAGGCGCAAUUUGGUGACUCUUAUUAUCGACUCAUGUGGAAAAAACGACUUGGCUUCGCUAAAGUCGCUCUCGAAGCUAAAGUGUGCAUUAUUCCCUUCUUCACGAGGAAUAUUAGAGAGGCGUUUAGGACCAUCAGUUGGGGUCGAAGAUUCUGGUUGAGAUUAUAUGCGGCCACGAGGUUUCCGUUUGUUCCAAUUUACGGGGGAUUUCCGGUGAAGCUCAAGACUUUUGUAGGAAAACCAAUUCCAUACGAUGAGAGUCUCACGCCCGAGCAAUUGCAGUUGAAGGUCUCGACAGCACUUGACGAGUUAAUUCAACAACAUCAAAAAGUGCCAGGAAGCAUAACACGGGCAUUACUAGAAAGAUUUUACGACGAGGACACUCCGAAGCUUCAAUGAACAUGAAGAUUGGAAUAUAGCAAAAAAUUUCUUUCUAAUUAUUAUAUUAGAAUCAUCAAUCGUAUGUGAGUGAGUGUGUGUGUGGAAAAGAAAUAAUUAUUUGUCGAAAAUAUGUAUGUAUUUUUCAGUUGUACAUUCCGAUUGUUUUUUUCACACGUUAAGCAAUUUUUUUUCUCAUUUAUUAAAAAAAAGAAGAGAUUUUAUACUUAAUAUUUAUACGUAUAUUUAAUAAGGUGCAACGCAUAAACUUAAAAAGAAAUAUUUAAUUUUUAUUUAGAAAGAUUUGAACUGAGUUGGUGUAUGUACUUAAUGACUGCCUUAUUUAUUUUUUAUACAACAAACUAACAUUGAACAUAAAAAAAAAACUUUCGAAGUACUUUGUUUGUAAAUAACUUAUUGGAAUAAAAAUAAUUUUUUUCCUUUAGGAAAAUUUUGAAA